AUGUCUAAAUAUUUCUCGAUUAAACUGCAUCGAGAGGUUUUUGCUAGAAGAACCCACUCCAAAGCCUCUCAAACCGUCGAACAGGGGCUAGGGUUUACAUGCGGAAACAGCCAGGAACUCGAUGCUAAUGCCUCAGGAGUCAGUGCUGAUGCAUCAGCAUCUGAACUUGGUGUUUACCAAAGCCGCCCGUCUAUAUUUCUCGACCCUCCUUUAGACCUGGUUCCACUAGACAUGCCGGCUUUAUUAGCCCGAACAGCCAAAUUUGCUCCCCUGAACACUGUUGAUCUGAGCGACAGUGAUGACGGCAGCAUUCAAAACAGCCCUGUGGUCGGCGAUUCCGAUGCUUUUAUGACGGGACCACUGACGGGCUCCAUGCCGCCUGAAUCGUCGAGUUGGCAGGAGGACCUUGAGUCUAGCAGGGUUUCCAGCGUUCCGUCGUCCUUCAAUACAAACAAGCUCACUGAAGAGUCGCCAGUGUCGAGCACAGAGGCCCUGCAAGCCACAGCCAGUCUUCAGUUCAGCGGACCAGCAAAGCCUUAUUCCACGUUCAUGCGCAGAAGCAUCCAGGAGGAGGAUGACUUUGAUACAGAAGCAUACCAUAAAUCGGUCCGUUCAGCCUCCCAAAGGAGCGCUCUGCCCAAACUUCGUGCCCUAGACGGCGAAGACGACGACAUUUUGCCCUUUGAGAGAACAAAGCAAAUGGCCUCACGCGGAGUCCGCCGGGGUUCUGCAGAUGUACUACCUACUAUUUCACCCAGCAUUACCAUGACUAUGGAUCGCUAUCAGAAUUACCGCAAAUCGCUCUCGAGUUUGGAGAUGCUCCACCGCGAGGACUCGCUUGCAAAGUCUCCGGGUCGGAAAAAGACCGGAGGAGAUCAUGAGACAGAUGAGGAAUCGGAUGGCGAGGCCGACGGACUUAUUGCUAGCGACGAGAAAGAGCGCAAGCGUGAGCAGGCCCGCCGCAGGCAACAGCAAGAUGCUCAGCUUAGUGUUUACCGGCAACAAAUGACAAAAGUGAUUGGUAAUGGCCGUCCCGGCAUUCCAACAAGCGCUUCCAGUGCUACGCUUGACAAUACAACCACAUUCGACACAUUAGAAGACGACGAGGAUGAUUUAGACGACGUUCCCUUAGCCGCUCUCCGAAGUCUGACCAUGCCCCAGAGAAGAGGAAUGCCUCGGGCUCGCUCUAGUAUGUCGAUUGGAUCAGAAUUGGCACUGGGCGAUACCAAUAAUGCUUUAUCGCCUAGCAGCAGCAGCAUGCUUGGUGGAAUUCGCGGUGGGCAUGCUCGUCAGAAGUCUGGCGAUGAGCUCCCUCCUUUACCUCGAGUGUUCAAUACAGAAGAAAAACGAGUUUCUAGAGGCCUAGUUGCGGCCAUUUCCAAAGAAGAAGAUGCUAAAGCCCGGCGAAAGUCAAUGCCUGCUCUCGCUCCGGGUGGGGUGGGAAGCGUCGAGUCCGACAUGGCCAUUGCAGAUAUCCAAAUGCAACUGCAGCAACUUGCCGAAAUGCAAUUUCAGCUUUUUAACCAGAUCAAUGGAAACUCCGGUCCCCACCCUCCGCUGCCGCAAGGAAUGGCCUCCCAGCGAGCCAGCACUAUUUUCGGUAGCGGGAUGCCGCCUCAUAGUGCACGCCCAGCUUCAAUUCGUUCAUUCAACGGUGCUCCCACUGCGUAUCCAUUCGGGCAAAGGCAGAGCCUCGAUUUAGGAAGAGCACCUUAUUCUCCGCAGUCGUUUUCGAGCAAUGAGCGGCUUGAAUCAAUGGGAGUCAUGCCUCAGACGCCUCCCUCCGGCCAGCAGAGCCCCCAGCCUGAGCCAAGAGCUCUCAACCGCCCGUCGAUGAUGCGCAUUGUAACCUCACCAGACGACGAUGACGACGAUGACGAUGAUGAGGCUUGGCAGAAAAUGCUUCAAGAGCGUCGAGCUCUUCGAGCAGAGUGGGCUCGCAGCAGCACCUGA